UGAUUUUUGUCAUAAAAGGCGCAGAACAGACAUGGGAAGAUCAGUUGUUUCAUAGCCCAGUACAAUGAAGGCGCAUUACAGUGUUGUAUUCCUGGUGCUAUGCACAGCCUGGACUUGCACGGCAAAUCCGACAGUUGUUCCGGCUAAGUUGAAUGCAACGGCGACAGGCAAAACGGAGUCCAUUACGUUGGAGGUGUUGGUAGAGCAGGAUCCAGAGUCAAAGCAAGCACCUAUAACAAUCGAGGAACUAGAAGACGAACUGUCUAGGGAGCUGGAUUACGACAAUGAAAUAGAGCCAGAGCCAGAGAUUCGUCCGACCAAGAGACCCAAACGCCCUCAGGCACAAAACAAACGGCCGACUCCCCAUCAUCAUCAUCAUCAGCAUCCACAGCCGAUGUCCGAUCCCAUGCCAUAUUACGCCGCACCAGCUCCGAUGCCAUAUUCCAUGCCAUACCCCAUGACAUAUUCGACGCCAUAUUCACAGUGCCCGUACAACCAGCCGCCGUUUUCGCCUUAUCCAGCGCCUAUGUAUCCACCGCCAUAUCCAUUCCCGGGCUACAGUCCGAAUCCAUAUCCCUUCGCUCAACCCACCGGCUUGAAGUCGGUGGCGGAUCCCACGGACACCACAGAAGUAGUUAACGUGGAAGAACUGCUUAAGUUUGCCAAGUUCUGGAAUAGUAAAGCCGCAGCUGCUAAUACUACUACUACAGUGGUCAAUACUACCGUUGCCACAAAGCCACCAAAGCGCUUCCUUAUCAAGAACUGGAUUAGAAACAAGAUAAACAGUAAAACAACAACCACUACCACUACCACAACAACCACGCCUGCGCCGGCGGCUUAGAGCUUCUCCAUUACAAGGGAAAAUUUCCAUAGAACAAACCCCUGCUUAUCAUUCUAUC